AUCGUUUUGAUAUAUGAUAUAGAAAGAGAGAGAAGAAGAAAAGAAGAACAAAGAUGCAAUCCUCAAAGGAGAAGAUGAAAAACAUGGCAAGUGCUGCCAAGGAACAAGUCGACAUCUAUAAAGCCAAAAUAGACGAGAAGGCAGAGAAAGCAACGGCAAGAACAGAAGAGGAGAGGGUGAUAGCCCAUGAGCACGCAAAGGCAAAGGAAGCUGGAGCAAAGAUGGAGCUGCAUGAAGCUAAAGCAAGGCAUGCAGCAGAGAAGCUAAGCGCCAACCAAUCACAUUAUGGCCUCCACCAUGGCCACAACAACCCUCCCUUAGUAGGAACAACUCAGACUCACUACCAGCAAGGGCACCAGCACCAGCCACUUGGGGCAGUUCCUAUGCCUGGAACCACUUAUCCAUCUUAUCCACUAGGAGGAAACCCUAACCCUCCAAGGAACAAACAUAUAUAAUAGAUCUAUCUGUGUUUUGCUGUAGUACGUCUACUUCUUGUGUUAUUACUCCUAGGAGUUUCUCUUUGCAGACAUGAAAUAAGAAGGGUUUCAAUUUAGUCUGAAUCCUUCCAUGUAUAUUUGAGAGUGGCUUUGAUUUCAGUAAAUGUUUCCCCUUUUGUAUUAAUUCAACAAUCUUUAAACUUCCAAGAUGGUGGUACUUGUCCCAUUGGCCAUCAUCAUUGACGGUCCA